AGUGUGUAUGUGUGCGUGAUGGCCAAGAUGGCCAUCGAAGUCCUGCAGAAACUGAACUGCUCCGACGCCUCCUUCCCCGCCCUCGACAGCCAAGGACUCCUGAGGUGCCUGCAGGAGACGCCCGUGCACGUCCUGCUGGAGCUGCCCAGUGCGGAGCUGAAGAUCUCGGAGUUCGCGCCGCGGGUCGACGGGGUGUUCCUGCCAGCCCCCCCGGCGACGCUGCUGCAGGAGGGGAGGUACAGCGCCGUCGACAUCCUCUCGGGCACGGCGCAGCACGAGGGCGCCGCCUUCGUGGACUACUUCUUCUCGAGGCCGAAUUCCAGCGAUACGUCACCGACCCACUUUCCCGACGGCCGUUCCCGAGAUGCUCUUCCUCGAGGACGGGGAUUCCCCGGCCUAUCUGGCGCGCAGGAUCUUCUUUCAGUUCGUGGGCGUCUUGAGGGCCUCCUGGGACGACGAGGAGGCGCUGGUGGAGAUGUUCGGCCAAAGAUUCAACAUCGUCUGCCAGGAUGAGACGGCGCUCCUGCACGCACGCACCUCGCCCGAUAAGAAGGUCUUCGCCUACGAGUUCAGACACCGUCCCUCCGGCAGAGAGCGCUACGUGGGUCACCUGGAUGACCUUCCGUUCCUGUUCGAGGUCGACGCCGCUCCGCUCCUGAGGCCGGAGGACGUCUUCGUCAGCCACCUCAUGACGGCCAUGUGGACCAACUUCGCCAAGACGGGGAACCCGACGCCUGACCUGGCCCUCGGAUUCCGGUGGGCGCCCAUGGCCAGCGGGUGCCUCAGCUUCCUGGCCAUCACGCCCACGCCCACGAUGCACCACGACACACGGCGAGAGGUGAGGGCCUUCUGGAGCCACCUGCCGCUGCCCCAGAACAGGCUGCUGUACCCUGCCCUCUUCGCCCCCGACGUCGCGCCCAUGCCCUGCCCUGGCGUGGGUGGGUAGGAUGGCGAGCGCGAGGAUGUAUAUAUUCUUAGGAUGCAUGUGUAUUAAUGUGUUGAGUA